AGUUUUGUUUCAUGUUCUGAAUUGAUUGGACUGGAUUUGGAGUUGAGAGGAUAUUGUUGAGGGCUAUUUUGUUGAUUUGACGGUGGUUUUAAAGUGAAUUUGUACAUUUUUCAUGAGAAUCGGUGAAGAACUUGCAAUUUUUGCGAAUAAUAAAUGAACUAUUUAAAAAGAAUCAGCUAAAAGUGCAGAUUCUUGUGUGUCUAUAGCUUCCAGCCAAGGCUUGGGCUUUCUUGACAAAUAAAACAGCCUUAAAAAGUGAUUCGAACCUUAAAGGUGUUGCAACAUAACCUUAAAAUGGAAACAAAUCCCAAAUUUAUCAUGACUCGACAAUUUAUAGUGAUUUUUAUCAUCCUGGGAAUUCUUAAUGUCUGCAAUGGGAAGCUCCCAUCAAGUGUCCAGGUGUGCUCAAGAAAUGAUCCCAAUAUUGAUCAAUGCAUUACAAACUCGGUGAAUAAGUUGAAGCCAUAUUUAGCGACUGGAGAUCUCGGAGAUGGAUUUAUUGUGCCGGCGCUAGAACCAUUUUUGUAUGAAGGCUUUUCAAUCAACCCAGCUGCUAAUUUCUUAGUAAAAGUCAACAAUGCGAGUGUCAUUGGAGCUAGUAAUUUUGUCAUAGAAAAAUUGAGGUUCAACUACAACAAAAUCGCUUUGGACAUGAUUGCUUUAUUCCCAAAUCUAACUAUGCUUGGAAUCUACGACAUGAAAGCUAAAGUUGCUAUUCUCGACAUCACUGGACGAGGCGACCUCAAAGCAUCCAUAGUCAACACAAAGAUGAAGAUGAAAAUCACAGGAACUAGAUAUGACAAUAAUGGACAGACUUACCUCAAAUACGAUAAAGUUACACUUAAAUUUCAAGUUGGAAAGACGAAAGUUUACUUGACAAAUUUGUUUAAUGGUGAGCCAACCCUUCAAGCCGUUGGAAAUCAACUAGUAAAUGAGAAUCAAGACAUAUUCUUUGAAUUUAUUGUUCCUGUUAUGGAGAAACAAUUUGCUAAAUUAUUCAAAGAUGUUGGCGAUGCAAUUGUUGAAAAAGCUACUAUUGAUGAACUGUUUCCUGAUACUAAAGUUGGGGAAAAUUAAAAAUUGUAGCUUGAUUAUAAAUUUUUGGACAAUAAAGUUGUUUAGAGUAUUUGUUAAGGUCUUUAGAAAUUGA